AUGAAGACAAGGAAGUAAAUUGUGAUAUACAAGAUUAUUGGGGAGGCCAUGUUGGAUUUAGAGGGUCAUCUGAUUUUCUUUUUAACGAAACCCCAGUCAUGGACCCCCUGGACAGAGCUCAAGUACUCCUCCUCUGUGACCUGUGUCAAAAAGCUGCAUUACAGAGUCAUUGUGAACUUUGUCAGAUUAACCUGUGUAAGGCUUGUGUAGGGGAGCAUCUGUCUGAUUCUUCUAAAAGACACAAAGUUGUACCAUACAAACACAGAACCUCUACUCCUAAUGCGAACUACCCCAAAUGUUCAAAACACACCCAGAAACAUUGUGAACUUUACUGUGAGAAAUGUGACAUUCCUGUUUGUUCUACCUGCAUCUCCUCUGGUAUACAUCAUGGGCAUAAGUUAACAAAUAUCUUACGAAAUCCCAGCUUUAUAAAAGAAAUUUUAAACAACGAUUUGAAAGAACUAGAAAAAAGAAUAUGUCCUACAUAUGAAGAAAUUGCAUUAGAUUUAAACUCUGAAAAAAUCAAUUUGGAAAAAAAUUACGAGAAACUGACAACAGCUGUCACCAUACAAGGAGAAGACUGGCACAGAGAAAUUAACAUCAUUGUCAACAAACAGAAAUCUGAAAUUGAUGAGAUGAAAACUAAACACUUGGCUGCUCUUAAUGAACAGGAAAAUGAAAUCAAACAGACCACAUCUGAUGUUAAACAGUGUAUACAUGAUCUGAAGAAAAUACUGGACUCCAAUAAUGUCUCUCUAACCUCUGCCUACAAUUCAAGGAAUGCUGAAUUCAGAAGUUUACCUCCUAAAAUCAACGUUUCAUUACCAAGUUUCUUUCCUCAUCAGAUCAACACAGAACAGCUCAAUCAAAUGUUUGGUUCACUGUCAUCAUUAUCCAUUACAACAGAAGAACAUGGCUACACAAUGAAGACAUCAGACACUGUAUCCUGUCCUCCAGUCAAACAACUGCUUGAUGAACCAGAGCUCAUCACCACCAUAAACACUGGGUAUAGAGAACUAUACAGUGUUACCUGUCUCAGUGAUGAAGAAAUCUGGACACGUGGAAAUGACAAAGUCAUGAAACUCUACAACCUCCAAGGCAAACUACUGAAGUCAAUCCAAACCAAGUCUGGGAACACACCAACUGAUAUAACAGUGACAAGAAGUGGAGAUCUAGUUUAUACUGACCCUGAUACAAGAACUGUAAACAUAGUGAAGAAUGACCAGAUACAGGAAGUGAUCAGACUACGGGGGUUGAGACCUCACGGUGUCUGUAGUACCUCCUCAGGUGACCUCCUUGUUAUCAUGGUCAGUGAUAAUAAACAAUCAAAAGUUGUCCGUUACUCUGGGUCCACAGAGAAACAAACCAUUCAGUUUGACAGUGGAGGUAAACCUCUGUAUUCAUCUGGUGACUACACUAAAUACAUCAGUGAGAACAGGAACCUGGAUAUCUGUGUGGCUGACUGUGGAGCCAGUGCAGUAGUGGUGGUUAAUCAGGCGGGAGAACUCCGAUUUAGAUACACUGGUCACCCCUAUACUAACAAGGGAUCAUUUGAUCCAGUCAGCAUCACAACAGACAGCCAGAGUCAGAUCCUGACUGCAGACAGUGGUAAUCACCGUAUCCACAUCCUAGAUCAGGACGGACAUUUCCUCCGUUACAUUGAUAACUGUGAUCUAAAGUAUCCUUGGGGUUUAUCUGUAGACACCAGAGACAACCUCUUUGUCGCUGAGUGGAUCAGUAGUAAAGUGAAGAAAAUCAAUUGUGGACUAAAGCAUUGCCUAUACAAAUAG